AAUUGGCGAUCUUGGUGAAAGCUAGCCGGCUAGCUGCUAAUUCAGACUGACGCCAUUAGUUAGAGGAAAGAAGGCGUAAGAAUCAAGAAGAACGAUCCGGUUCCGAUUUUAGACCCGUUCUCCUUUCAGCUGCGGACUGAUACCGUUAAAAGUUCGGGUCGUGUGAGCUGUCAGGGAGCUGUUCUGAUGAUUUUAGCCUCAUUUUUAAAGUCGGAAGUCGGUGCACGGUUCGGACUGAGUUAGCAUUGUUAGCAGCUCGGAAACAACCGUCUGUUUUUCUGAAGGAAAACUCGAGGAUUUUUUUUUUUUUUGGAAUAAAGUGACACCAUGGCAACAGCGGGGGCGGCCGGAACCAGCGGCAGAACCUACUCCUUUAAAGUGGUCCUACUGGGGGAAGGCUGCGUGGGGAAGACGUCGCUGGUGCUGAGAUACUGCGAGAACAAAUUCAACGACAAACACAUCACAACCCUGCAGGCGUCCUUCCUCACAAAGAAGCUCAACAUCACAGGGAAGCGGGUCAACCUGGCCAUUUGGGACACGGCGGGUCAGGAGCGUUUCCACGCGUUGGGUCCAAUCUACUACAGAGACUCCAAUGGAGCCAUUCUAGUCUACGACAUCACAGACGAAGACUCCUUCCAGAAGGUGAAGAACUGGGUGAAAGAGCUGAGAAAAAUGUUGGGAAACGAGAUUUGUUUAUGUAUAGUAGGUAAUAAAAUAGAUUUGGACAAAGACAGACACGUGUCAGUGGAAGACGCUGAGAGCUAUGCAGAGUCAGUGGGAGCCAAACACUACCACACAUCAGCCAAGCUAAAUAAAGGCAUAGAGGAGCUGUUCCUGGAUCUGUGUAAACGCAUGAUGGAGACAGCUCAGGCGGAGGAGAGAGCGAAGGGAAACGGAGCCAGCCAAUCAACAUCAAACAGGCGGGGCGUACAGAUAGUCGACGACGAGCCGCAGGCCACGCCGGCCGGAGGAUGCUGCUCCUCUGGCUAACACACACACUCACUCACACACACACACACACACACACACACACACUGCCUGCAGACAUGAAACCAACACACACAUUUAUCCGUCUGCCAUCCAGUUCGUCCGCUUGAAAAUUAACUCCGCCUCUGCUGCUGAGGAUCAUGGGAAAUCAUAUUUAAGUUCUUGGUCUGUGUUCGCUCCAGAAUAAAAUUUAUCCGAGUGUGCUUCUGUCGCACGUUGAUCUUUGUAACCCGUCUCUCUGUGUGACAUUAAACAUGGCGGCUAAUGGUUUCUUUCUUUCUGUUUUGGAGUGAAGCUGCUGUCUUGAUUAACCUUCGGUGGUGCGAUGGCUCCACCUGCUGGACGGAGGUGGAAGAGUUUUCUUUUAAUCGGUUUGUUGGCCAGGAAAACCUGCAAAAAUAAAGCAGCUGGAUUUCUUCACAUAACGAGAAAGAAAAAGCUCCGAACUUGCCCUGUAAUCAAACUAGAAACAGCCAAUAAAAAUGUUUCUAAGGGCUCCAGUUAGAGCUGCACUCAUCUAAAUAAAUCCAUGUUUAAUCAGGAAGUGAACUGGAAACGUAACACCAGGAUUUAUCGUUUAUUAAAUUUCAUACACUCUGUAAAAAACUGAUUUCUGCUCUCCUGUUCCUCCUCUGUUCUGAUUUGUAACUUUGAAAGAUGUGACAGAAAAUCAAACAUAGAUGGAAAUAAUGAUCAGAUGUCAGAUAUUUUAAUGAGUGAUAAAAGAUGUAAAGACAAAAAGUAAUCCAUCUCCAGCUACAUAUGUUUGCAUUUUUCUUGCAUCGGUGUUUUAUGUCUGAUUUAUUUUGUGUAACUAAAAGUUUAUUGUUGAAAUAAAACUCUUAAAACGUUUAUUUCUGUCAAAAUCAAAAUCAGAGCUUCAGCUUUUACGUUCAGAUUCUGCCCUAAAAAUUACAUCUUAUUUCUCCAGGAUUCAAAAUAUUUUCCACAUUUAAACGGAAAUAUGAACGACGACGUAUUGUUAAUGUGCCAUUAUUGUUAUUAUUACUAUUAUUAUUAUUACUGAUUAUCGGAGGAAUCUCCCUCGCUUGGCUCUGCUCCUCUUCAUCACUUUGGAUUUUUCUUUCCUCCCUGAACAGAGAAGUGAAACUGUGCAUGUUUGAUUCAUGUAAACUGCUUUGUUUGUCUCACUUUUAAACUAAAUAAAAUAAGUUAUUUUACAGUGA